UAAAUGAAGGAUUUCGAGAGGAUGAAACUACCAUAAUAAAUUUCUGGGCCAUUUUUAAGGCUAUGGAUCCUAUGAUGCAACGCAAAUUGCUUACAUUUGUGACAGGAACUGAUAGGAUACCUGCUACAGGAUGUGCAAAUUUGAGUUUUAAAAUAUCAUAUUAUGGAGAGGAUAGCGAAAG